UUUCGGAGGCGGAAACCUGCUGGUUCAGUAGACGAAAGCCGCUCCUUAUAAAUGUGUCAAUUCAUUAGCGCUGUUCUGGAGUAUUGCUGAAGAAGAGAGGAGGAUUUGUACUUGAGUUGAAGAGGAAACGGGGAAAAUUGAAGUUUUGAGAAGUUGGAGAUGUGUGUAGUCAGGACACCUGGCCCGUGCGUAAAAUGGAUACUGCUGCGACGCGCUGAGGGACUGUCACAGUUGUUUUGAGUUCUUCACCACUGAAGGAGAAGAAGACACCUAACUGCCCUGUGGAUUUAUAUCUCAACAAAAAGCGUGACAUUAACAUUAAGGUCUAUUACAGUGUCCACGCCACCUGUUGUAGCGCAGUUUCCUCCCUCCAGUCAAAGAUGACAGAAAGGCCCCCAUGGUGGAAGGCUUUCCUGACAAAGAAGAAGCCUGGUGGCCCCAAGGAUGCAGGUUCAUCUCAAACCUUUGGCCCGGACUUUGACCCCUUUGCGCAACGCCCGGAUAAGCAAAAGGAGCCCCCCACAGCUGCCUCCAAGACCACCGGUGACCAGACCCCGUCCCUGCAGGACCCCAGCAAGAGGUCCAGCCUCCUCAGCGACGAGACCUACGACGACACCCACCUGGAGUCCGUCUUCAACGAGCAGACGUGUCGUAGGAACAUGAAGGUAUCACGCUCGGGUCGCUUCAAAGAGAAGAGGAGGGUACGCUCGAGCCUUCCUUUACAGGAGAAAGAGACUGAGAAUGUGACGUCGGGGAAAGAGGACAUGCGGUGACGAGGAGGGAAAUCAGAGAGACUGCUGGCAGAUGCUUGAUGAGAAGGAGAGGGAGGCGUGUCCAUGAAGAUGCUUCAAACUCUGGAGGCAUUCCGUGAGGUCUACUGUAUGUUGGUUAUGAUGGUGAAGAUGGAGAUGACGAGGAGUAUUCAACUUUUAGGUGAAUAAUGCAGGAAUUAGGUUUUGUUGCAAAAGAAAUACCGAAAAUUUGUUGAUGGACUUGUGCCAUAGUGACACAGAAACAUUAAUAAGUCACACGAAAAGGGAUCGUAUUUGUUUAUGAUUGUUACUGAACCAUUUUGCCAACAACUUCCCAUAAAGCCCAAAUGACAGUUGUAAUGCAGAGAGCACUUAAAAGCCCAGUAGAGCUCACAUCCCACAAUGUCCCUCUUCUCAUCAUGUUCACUGUCGUCAUCAUUUUGUGCAACUCAUAAAAUGACCCACAACCUGUAAGAGAGCACAAUCAUGGAACGUCAUUUUCUAUCAGCACUCAAGAUACAUUGUGAUAGGCCUCAAGGAAAUAUUGUUUUAUAAGAUGUUUACACAAUUUCUGUAAUGAGAAUAAUAUAUGUUUGAUAAUGAAGGAUAAAUAUAAUGCUCCCUUUACAGUGCUUUUACAAAAAACAUGUUGAUUCUAAAGGGUUAGAAGGAUGUUUAUGAAGGUGUAAAGGGUUUUGUUUUAAUGUGUGAAAAGAAAUCAGCUUUUGUAAGAAAUUCAGAAAUGCUUGAAAUAUUGCCAAGCAAAAUGCACAAAAUAUUUUUAAUGAAGGAUGAAAUCCAGCACGUUUUUUUUAUUUUAUAACACAAUUGUUCCUAAACAAAGCUACUGAUAUUGAAGUAUAAGAGGUCAACUGAAGGAGAAAUGGACAUUUUAGCUGCGGAAGUAUGAUCCAGCCACUGAUGUAGUUUGACUUACAGGACUACCGUGUUGUGGAUCGCCUGAGAAAUAAAUCUGGUUACUGCGACAAUCACA